CCACUUCCGGCCGCCGGAAGCGGAAGCGAAGGGUGAUGCCGCUGCACGGGGUCCCGCCGAGGCUGUGGCCGGCGCUGCGGCUGCGGGAGGGCAUCUGCUCGCGGCUGCCCGAGCACUACCUGGCGUCGCUGCGGGACGAGACGCCGCCCACCCCUGUGCACUGGCGGCCGCAGGGCGUGCGCUCCCGCUGGAACCCGCGCACCGGCGAGCGGGAGCGCGUGCAGGACGUGCCGGUGCCCGUGUAUUUCCCGCCCGCCUCGCAGGAGGGGCUCUGGGGCGGCGAGGGCUGGAUCCGUGGCUACCGGUACGCACGCAACGAUAAGCUUUCCACCAGGCUACCCAAGACGUGGAAGCCACAGCUCUUCGUUCGAGAUUUCUACAGUGAGAUCCUCGACGCCACUCUGACCAUUACUGUCACCAUGCGGACGCUGGACCUCAUCGACGAGGCCUACGGCUUUGACUUCUACAUCCUCAAGACUCCAAAAGCUGACUUGUGCUCAAAGCUGGGCAUGGAUUUGAAGCGAACAAUGCUGCUGCGACUUGCACGGCGGGAUCCUAAACUGCAUCCCAAUGAUCCAGCCAGACGAGAGGCGAUCUAUAAUAAAUACCAGGAAUUUGCAAUCCCCGAAGAAGAGGCGGAAUGGGUUGGCUUGAGUUUAGAAGAAGCAAUAGAAAAACAGCGUCUCCUAGAAAAAAAGGACCCUGUCCCACUCUUUAAGGUGUAUGCUGAAGAGCUCGUCAACCAGCUGAAAGCGCAGGCAACGCAGAAGGAGUAGAAGGAAAGAAACCUUUGGAGGAAAAAAUCCCAAGCUGUGGGGUUCAUAGUCUUCUGUCUGAACUGCUCUUGUGUGGAAGGGUCUGCACGAAGAGUGUGCCCAGGAGCAUGUUGCAGCUUUUGCAGUCUAGCAACAGCCUAAAUUCAGUGAGGAGCCAUUUGUGUGGGCCAAGGAAAGAAUUUCUGUCCUGUGCCCUUGUAAGACUGACUUAAUGUGGUUGUUCUGCCUGUACAAGCGGUUUGGCUGCUGCCGAGGGCUUGGUCACGAUAUAAAAUGAAAUACGCGUUGGGAAUAUCAUUAAACUUCUCUCUGAUGCUCUUUGCUCAUCAGUGCAUUAUAGGAUGCCGUGGUGGUGUCACCUAGCUCAACCGCCAGCCUCCUGCAGCAGACACAGCUGUGCCUUGGAAGCAGAACUCCAACUCCCUGCCCUAAGCGGUGCCUGCCAGGUGGGGCUGAGCUCCCCAGUCGCUGGCCCCAUGGCUCACUGCAACCCCUUGGGUUCCAGCACUCGCUCUGUUUGCUGUUGCUGACUUAAAUCUUAUAUUUUGUGA